UAAAAACGGCUCAUUAGUGGAAGAUUUGAUUGACCAACGCUCCUCAGAGGGAUUCAUUGGAUUCAAUAUUUUACGCCUAAAUUGCUAUCACUAACGAUGGACAGCAUGACUGUAAUAUUUUCGGCACUUUUUGCCUGGUUUACCGUCGUAAACGGAUCCCCAGCAUCAGUGCAAGUGGGCAAGCUUACCAAAGCCAAAAAUGUGUCGUGGUCAUCGUACAAUUUUAAAACAAUCCUAUCAUGGGGACCUAAACCUGUCAAUUACACAUAUACAGUUGAAUUUUCAAGAGUUGGUAAGGACAAACAGAGAAACCCUCACUGCAUCAAAACCACUGAGACCGAGUGCGACCUGACCAAUGAAUUAGACAUAAAGGGGGUUUAUACCGCUGAAGUGCUCUCAGAGUCCCUGCGCGGGAUGACUUCUGACCAUGUGGAGCCUCCAUUCACCAGGUCGAAGACAUUCUGCCCUUAUAAUGACACUUUAAUUGGAAGACCCAAGUUCACGUUGACGAUGAGUGAGGACAAGAAGAUUGUGCUGAUCAUACAUGACCUCAUCACAGCUCUGCACAAAAAUGGCAAAUCUCUGAACAUCCGUGACAUCUUUAAGAAAAAUCUCAAGUACCAGAUUACGUACAACAAGGCUGGAAGCACGGGAAAAAAAAUACGAACUGUGGAUGAGAGCAGAGCAGAUUUUAGGCUAGAUGAGGGUCAGAGUUACUGCUUCAGCGUGGCUGCAUAUAUCCCUUCCCGUAAAGGAGACAAGAUGUUCGGAGAGUGGAGCCUCCCCAAGUGCUCGGCACAGGAGCACAAGACCCUUUUUGAGGAGUAUGAACCUGCUGUGAUUGGAGGAGGAGCAGUCAUUAUUCUGGCUUUUGUAAUUGCUGUAAUCGUUCUGAUUGUGGUGUGCUGUAAACGAGCACAAAGACAAAAAAUUACGGCCAAGGAAGCCAUAGUCUAGAGAGGAAUCCACCAUUUCUGCUGAUCAAGCUCAAAACGGGACGCACAGCUGGACUGUAACCGUUUUUGCUCUGGGAGGGACCGGUGUGUGCGUAGCACACCUGCAGUGCAGCACUGGACUGGUUUCUAUGAAACACUAACUCUACACGAUAUGUUAUACAUAUCAGACUUUUGCUUUUAUUUUAUUUUUUAUAAACUAAUAGAACAGUGUAUUAGUUUAUUAAACUGCCAUAUUUAUUAUUUUCUUUAGAAAUACAUGGGUAUUAGCUGCUGUGUGUGUGUGUGUGUGUAUAUAUAUAUAUUUAUAUCUAGAUGGAAAAUAUUUAAUGUGCAUAAUAUAUUUUUUAAAUGUAACUGAUACUUCAUUGAACUUUAAAUAAAUUAUUAAGUUAUUAA